AUGCCUGACAUACCCACAACCUCCAAUAUGAAUGAAGCUUUGGCGACGCAGAACUCAGCUGCCUUCUGUGGGGAUUAUGCAGAUCAAGUGUGGAAACUGUCCUGUGGGCCUGUUCCUAACUCCAAGAGACGAGUAGUGGAACUACGAGAUAGUGUCUCUGCUGCAGAAGAAAUAGCAGUGGCUUCUCAAAGCAAUAUGUACAUUUUGAUAGGGUGGUGCUGCCAGCGUGUAAUAUUGGCUAAAGCAGGAAUACAGGAUAAUGACAUGAGAAUUGUAGGAAUGAAGUAUGCAGUGGAAACAAUAGUGGAAUCUAAGUUGAGCGUCCAGCCUGGUAGAGGGGUACGCUUCGGAGGCGCGGAGGAGCGUCCAGCUUGGGCUUCUUCACAUUCCAGUGACUUGAUGCUAAGAAUUUACAGAGCUGAGUCAUAUGUUGGCCUCCAAGAAUAUAAAACAGCCAUAGAAGAUCUAAAUUUUGUUAUUUCUAAAAUGCCAAAUUGGCCAGAGGUCUACUUCCGGAAAGGAAAAGUGCUGCAAGACUCUGGCUUUGUAGGUGAUGCCUUACAACUGUUUCUACAGUGCUUAGCCCUUGAUGAGGACUUUCUUCCAGCCAAGCUAGAAGUGGAAAGGACAUUGUGUGAUGUGCUGUCACCAGAGAAGUUAGGAGAGAGUCUGAAGGAACCUGCUUGGAAUUCACCACAUAUUCGAAAUAAACCUUUGAUACUUGGUUCUGAGGUGACUGAGUCUUACUGCAACUUACAGCUUUGUCCUGAGCAGAGUUUAGGAGGAUCAGAGGUACUGGAGCCUGUCAGUGGAAGCUUAAAUCGUGCACAGUCUGCCCAUGCUCUUAACUCAACAAAAGACCUUGCCAAGGAAGAUGGCUUAAAGAGAGUGUCUUCUGAACCCCUUCUCUCUGGCCAAGAAAAAGGUGCUUUGUUGAAAAGAAAGCUUUCCUUUUCAGAACAGGAUACAGUUGUAUCUGAAGAUGGAAGAAACAAACACAAAAAGCAAGGAGGAAGUACAAAAAGGGAUGUGACACUGGCUUUUGGAACAAUUCCAGGGGAUUUGAUUGAUGUAUCAGAUUUUGAGUGCUCUCUAUGUAUGAGGCUAUUCUUUGAGCCAGUGACAACCCCUUGUGGACAUACGUUUUGCAAAGGUUGCUUGGAACGGUGUUUAGACCAUGCUCCUCAGUGUCCACUCUGUAAGGAGAGUUUGAAAGAGUACCUUGCAAGCAGAAAAUACAGCAUCACAGAACUGCUGGAGGAAUUAAUAGUGAAAUAUUUGUCUGAUGAAUUAUAUGAGAGAAAAAGAAUUCAUGCUGAAGAAACAGCUGAACACUCAAACUUGACCAAGAAUGUUCCAAUGUUUGUUUGCACUAUGGCAUAUCCUACUGUGCCUUGCCCUCUACAUGUGUUUGAGCCAAGAUACCGACUAAUGAUUCGCAGAAGUAUGGAAACUGGGACUAAACAGUUUGGGAUGUGUAUAAGUGAUUCUCAAAAUGGUUUUGCAGAUUAUGGAUGCAUGCUGCAAAUAAGGAACGUUCAUUUUCUACCUGAUGGACGGUCUGUUGUCGAUACAGUUGGUGGAAAGAGAUUUAGAGUUUUACGGAGAGGGAUGAAAGAUGGUUAUUGCACUGCAGACAUCGAAUAUUUGGAAGAUGUUAAGGUUGCUGAUGAAGAAGAACUAAAGAAACUGAGAGAACUUCACAAUUUUGUUUACAAUCAGGCCUGCAGUUGGUUCCAAAACUUAAGAAACAAAUUUCGCACUCAAAUUCUUCAGCACUUCGGACCAAUGCCUGGCAGGGAGGAAAAUAUACAGGCAAUGCCCAAUGGUCCUGCUUGGUGUUGGUGGCUUCUAGCUGUUCUCCCAGUAGACCCCAGAUAUCAGCUGUCAGUUCUCUCCAUGAUGUCUUUAAAAGACCGUCUGAUAAAAAUCCAGCAUAUACUCACAUAUUUUUCUAGAGACCAGUCCAAGUGACUAACCGCCUGGGUCUUCCUGAAAAGUUACUCUGUUCUGGUUGUAGUAGCAGCUGGAAUUUUUGCUGCCUUUGCACAUCUAGCGCUGGUUUGAGAAGUGUAAUGGAACUGCUUUUUCUCUCUGCUCCCCACCUUCCUGACUUCCUGAACCAUGCGGUUCUUUGAAUGCACACUUUCUUCAACUAUGAGAGAAGACCACUGAUGAUUGCACAACGUCAAUCCAGCUAGAUAUGUUUUUCACGUUAUCUACAUUACAAUUUGCACUAUGUAGAAGAGAACCUUUUUGAGACUUGAUAAUUUUAGCCACUGACUUUUUAAAGCUGUGGGAAGUGCAGGACUUAAGGCUGACAGUCCAAGUUUACAACAUUGAGGAGGUAUUAGUUUUGCAAAUGUUUGCCUCAUACAACUGUUCUUUUGCUGUUUGCACAAAUAUUUGAAAUAUAGUAUUGAAUGUCACUGUUGGAUAUUACUACUCUUGUUGAAAUUAUCUUGACCAUGAAUAUGGCACAGAUUUUUAAGUUACCUUGUAAAUGUAUGCAUCACAAAACAGGUGACAUCAUGAACUGUAUGCUGAACUGAGAGCCAUUUUUAAGGAACAAAUGCAAAAAAAAAAAAGGUACUUCUGUCUAAAAACACUUAAACUGUGAAUAUGGUUUACAUACCUAGGCCUGUACAUGUUAAAGAGGAAACUGAAAACUAAAUGCUAGUACCAGUUACAUCUCUACUGGGCUUUUCAGGCUGGCUGUUCUUCCAGAGCACACACUUAGUUUAUAGAGCUUAGAAGAAGAAAUCUUAGAGUGUGCGCGCGUGUGUGUGUUGGGGAUUGUGCAUCCCGGAUUUAAAAGCUUAAAAGUUUUAUUUGAACUUUUUAAGUUGGUGCAAAUGUGAGUUCUAUGCCUUAUUCAUAUCAAUAGUAGAGCACACUGCAGUGGCAAGGUUAGCAUCAUGCUGCCAAUAGGUACUUUUUGUAAUUAAAGGUUUGCAUAUUUGUGAAUAUGUCUGAUACUGGCUUUCUUGUAUGUAAAUCAUUUGUAAAAUAUUUCUUAAAUCUUGCUUUUGCUAAUAUAUUUAAUUUUCAAUAAAGCUAAAAGUUUGUAAUAUUUUUAACUUUAUCAGAAACUAAAAACCACUUUCAUUUUCCAUAUGCUUCUAUUCUGGGAUCUUAAGUGCGUCCAGAAGCAGCUGUUUAACCUACAUCAAGGUUGUGGGCACUUCAUGACGUAAUUGGUAUGUACAUAAUUGUUUCUGAUUAUAGUACCUGUCUCAGACUGAUUAUCGGUCAGACAAGUUUUUUGCUGGUGUCCUGCUUUUUUAUCUACUUUGUUUAAAUUAAGGUGGUUUCAGGUAUGAGUUUGCGUUUCACAAAGCUUAAACCUUGUGGGAAACUGUUCUUGCAGAACAGUUAGGUAUUUCAGACUUGCUAAUCAGAUGCUCUGGCCUUGUUCUUUUCUGGAGUUCAAGGCUUGAGAUAUUACAGGCAACCCAAAAUCUGCUGGAUCAUUUUUAAUGUGAGCUUCUAUCUAGGGUAAAUUUCCCCUUUAUUGUAUGAAUAAAGUCCUGGAUCAAUAUUUGGAAAGCUUUAUUUGCAUA